AUGAAGACAUUGCUCCGCGCCCAAUUCAGUCGAAGUCUCAGAUUACAAAAGGACAUCUACCGGUUGUUUCUCGUGAAGUAUGUAAUUCCAGCGAUCAAGGCAAAAUGGGUUUGGCCGGACGGCAUUGAGAGGGGCGAUAUUGUAUUCAGCAAGACAAUGCACGACCCCACGUUCAAGACAACGAUCCAGUUGUCAUUGAAGCUGGUCAAAGAGAUGGUAGGGCGAUUCACGUGCGUCCUAGAUCUGGGCUUUUUCAACUCCAUUCAAGCGUUGCAGCAACAAAUGGUGUGCUCAAGCUUCGAGUCGCUUAUCCAUGCCGUGAAGUCCGCCUUUGCAGACCUUCCUGCAACAACUCUGGAAGGAACUUUUGGAACGCUACAACGUGUCGUUGCCGCGGUUGUUGACGCAGCGGGAGACAAGAGGUACAAGGUUCCGCGCAGUUUGAAUUAUCAAGCUGAUAUUUUGGCGCUCGACAUGAUGAACUUGCGGCUGGAAGAAGAAGGUCGGUUGGAAGAACUGACGCAGAUGAUGGACGCUUUGGUCGUCGACUUUGAAUAG